GAUCACUUCACAUGUCAUUUUAUCAUGAAGAUGAAAGUGAAUUUAAUCACACUGUGUCCGCCCCAAGACUCUACUCUGAAGGUACUUGCGUGUUUGUCGGUCCACUAUUUGCCUGCUUACAUUUUUCUUUAUCUCUGGUACGUAGGCAAGGCAACGAGGUACCAUAUCAUGACAUGCCUUUGCAUUUGGAUUGGAUGCUACUACUUCAGGUGAGCCUAUGCUUGUUUUAGAAAUUGUUUAAAUCUUCUUCUGCCUCGUCCCUUCCCUGGAUUGAGGGAGUUUCUUAAUGAAGAGACUAUAGUACUAGUAUAGGUAGAGUAGACUCCCACUUUGUAUUUCCCAAUGAAGGUGCAUGCCCUCCGAAGGAGCCGUGUUAUCCUCUCAAUCAACUCAUUGAUGUAUUCUAGGCUGUACUGCUGUGUGAACUAAUACUUGACAGACUGACAGACACAUGAUUUUGUCAUAAAAAACCGCUGACGAGGUCGUCCGUUUUCUUUGUUCAUAUGUACAGUAGUCCGUUUUUUAUUCUUCAUGUUCGAACUCGAUCCCAAUUUCGAUCUCCUUUAGUUUAGUAGUUCUGUUCCAAGAACAGAAAAUCAGUUGCUCUUGCGCUUUGAAUAGUUCAGUGUGUUGAGGCCGUAGAAACCAGUUCCAGUACAUAAGUAUUGAGAUUCCAGUUCUAGUACGUAAUAAAUAGAUAGUCUUUACCUGAUUAGAUUUCUAAGAAAGAGAAUCAUAACGAAAGAUGAGUAAGAGCAGUCUCGCGUCUGCCACGGCCUCGCAGCCAGGGGUGACUUUGUUGCUCGUGGAUCUCACAGGGACGGUUUCGAGUGUCAGCGUAGAUCCUGGCGUCGUGACGACGUUGGAAAAGCUCCGGCAGCAUCUCGCGAGAAAACGACGCAUUCCACUCACCCUCUUGGCCUUGCAGGAGUUAGACAGCAAGACGGGCGCAGACGUCGGCCCUUGCAUUUUCAGUACUGCUGAUGGAGGUCAAGGAGCAGAGCAAUAUCAACAGCGACACCUUGUUCCCUCAUCAUCUUCUUCAUCAACAUCUCAAUUGUUGGACUUCUUAAAGUUCUCACCCGAACCUUCCAUCGCUCAUUUCCGUGUGAUCGUGCGACAGCCGGCACCGUUUAGAAGGGUAAGAGCCUUGGAUCCCGAGGACGAGGACAGCCGUUUCGUUGAGUGUCCAGAAGAAUUGAGUCCGCAUCACUUCGCGGAUCACUACAGGUGUGACUUGCACCGCGAGACGUCUGAGGAGCACAUUACAAAUCAAGUCUAUAGACGUAAUGCUGGCAAAGGGGGCAACUACAACGAUCAGUACAUGCAUUCACCGGCAGAUGACCAGCACCAAAGGAAUCUUGUCGUGGCGCAGCAUGACGACUGUUUCGCCCCAUGGAAAGGCGCCACGGCGGAUGCUCUAGCCUUUUUUCUUUGUCUGACUUUGCCUCGCGUAAAGGAGUUUCUCUGCUGCUACCCAAAAUGGGGAGAGGAUUUGUGUUUGCUGUCUUUUCUUUUGAGGAACAACGCAAAGAAUCAGUUUGACGUGGCGCGGUUUCGAGCUGCGGCGGCGAUUUUGGACCAUGCGCCAGCGAACUCUCAUCUUUUUGAUCCGACUUUGCUGGUUUAUGCUCCCUCAGGAGUACGGGGAGGCGGGAUGAUCGCAACGAGUGCUCCGCUGGGCAGUUCCUUUGCAGGUGUAGAAAAAAGACUUGGCAGCAGAUUUGGAGGAGGUGGACGCAGGACGAGCCUUCCAGAGGACUCGGGAAGCCCGGUGGCGAGCCAAGGAAGCAGCCACUUGGUGAAUAACGAUUGUAUACUAGCAUCCUCGAGCAUCUCCUUGCGAAUGUUCGAGCGCGAGGCACCCACCCUGUUGGCAGCCGUGGUAACGAACCCUUUGUUUCGGCAGUAUACGUGGACUCGGCGAGAGCUGGGACAACCACGGGAGAGCGCAAAACAGGUCCUAGUGCGCAGUUUCGGGCUCAUGGAUGCCACAAAAACGCGCUUUCUUUCCGGCAAGAACGAGAAGGUGGUGGAAGUAUCGUCUGAGGAACACCGGGACAUCUUGAUGACUUUAGUUCGGGCGUGCGUCCAGAAAAGCUCGCGCCAAGUACUGAAUUGUGCAGUCGUUGGAGGCUCCUCGAUGAAUAACUCAUCCAGUGCUGCGCGUCCCCAGAGAGUUACUGGGAGUGGCCUUGGAGGUGGCAACCCUGUUUUUCCCUCUGUCUUAACCCUGCGUACCCGUGGGUGUUCACUGGUGCCGUUGUUUGAGUUGCCUUUUCUGAUGCCCACCGCGCACCUCUUGCUGCGGACGCGAGAGGACGCCCUAGAGGUUCGGUCAUUUUUUUUGCCUGAUGUCUUUGCCGGGUGGUCGCCUUUCAUCGCUUGCAUCGCGCGGUGCGGCGGCGGAGGAAUCGUACUGAGCAACAACUAUCUAUCGUCAGGCUCAACAACUACUGGGUCGUCUCCGGCGUUCUCCUCUGAGGCUCCUGCCUCUCAGUCAACCAGUUCCAUAGGCCUUUCGUUGAGGGAAAAGUCAAACCUAAAGACGCGCAUGAUGAACUUUCUGAAGAGGCACGGGGCACGCGAUGUGAGAUCGACAUCCGCAGUUUUCUGGAGCAAAAUGGAGCAACGUGCGGGAGCCUUAUUCAAAGAAACCUUCGAGGUCUUCGGACAGAAGCAAACCAUGCACAUCCUUAAGCGCGGUGAGAAUCCUUUUGUACAAUUUUUACAGUCACCAGGUUCACGUGGAGAGACCUCCUCGACGCGCAUCACAAGCCUGGAUCAGUUGGAUCGCUUGCUUGCUGGAGAAACUACUGCGGAAAAGGCGCCAGAUGACGGAAGUAUGUCAGGCGCUUUAGUUGUUGAAGAAGCGGCAGUUGGUGACGAAGCCGGUGCAGCUGAAGGUCCACGGGAAAACGACGCUUCCAUCACGAAGAGAAAAAUAUAUUUCGAUUCCGCUACGUUCGUGGACGAGGCAGAGGAACAAAAAAGCCAACCUUAUCCUCAAGGAAACACACAAAUUAUAAAUAACGAGGAACAAGACGACGAGGAUGAUCAUUUAACCGAGGAUGAACUGCGGGUGAAAAGCCUAGAGAUAUGGUGGGACCGUACCAGAGUGCCGGUCUUGGAUUUCGGUGGGGUAGACCGUGGGCUUCUAUCGAGAGACAAAUCCGGUUUCACGAUCGAGACUGCUGUAGAGAACGGAGUUUGGCAAGUAGUGUCUUUCCGACUGUGGGAUAUGCUCAGACAUCUGUGGGAGCCAAAGGCUGCAGCGGGUGAAGCCGAAGCAUCUUCAAGACGGAUACCGCGAACCAUCGCGAUGGCGCUUCCCGAAGACAGCUCAGAUGAAUAAUGCUCUGAAAAAAUUUCGUAUUCGGAGAACAGUAGCGCGCUUGUUCCUCACGAGCUUCGAAAGCGACGAAAUAGAAAAUAAAUAUGAAUACUUCUCAAAAUGAGCUGGAAGUGGUUAUCCUUCUGAAGCUGAACCUAGUUAAGAUUUAUACGACAACUCAGUUCCUAAAGAUCGAUGUGACAUCCCUAAUCCUUAUAUAUACUACAAAAAGUCCUUUGCUUGGUAUAAAUUUAUACAUCAUGACUCCCUGAGCCUGACUUCUAAAGAGAGUAAGCAAUCCAAAGUAAUCACCUUGAGAUACUUUACUCAGUAUAGGUCAACCAUAACAGAUAUGUUUUAGAGGGUGUACUAGUCUGCAGACGAAAUCGUGUUUUUAGUCGUUAUACAAAAUGAACUCGAUAAAGGACUGGGGAUUGAUGGCGACACUUUAGAUUUGUGUUAUCAAUUUAGUCACAGUGCUGAGAAUGAUCAUGAUUUAUUUAUCUUUUGGUUUUCUUGCUCGUGUUUUGAUUCGCCUGAUUCUCUAGACCUUUACGUGGCGAAAGUGCGAAGCGUUUGUAGAGCAGUUAUAGUUACGAUGAAUCUUUUACUUUUUCUUCACACACCAUCGUCUAUCUGAUUUAGUUGUCUGUCAGAAAAAGCAUGGGGUGAAAACGAGGCGAAUCAUGUGUGCAGUGUAAAGAGCAUGCACAGGUGGUGCUGUACUAGGCAUAGAAGGAGGACGUCAACUCAGGCUCAGCCUCGCUUGUCAGCUUUCUGUUAACACGGACCCGUGACAGCGGCCGUGUCUUCAUUAAGAAUGUCAUCACCAUUACUAGCACUGGUCGUGUCUGUCUCUUUGCCGAGGCAUUGACGUGAGCAUAACUACUCUGGUUUGAUGUUUUGCUUCAUGUGCAUCGAAAUCAGGCAAACGGAG